GCGGUCUAUUUAAAUUGGCUAUACUAUAUUUAAGUGUUGAUAUAUACUUAUACUUUAUGCUUAUUUGUUAUAUUAUGUACUUUCCACGGUAAAGUGCCAGUUUUCUGGAGUCAUAUACAAUAUAAAUCAUGGCAGAUUACAUUAUUUCAUUGUUAACUGACAGUGAUUCAUCUGAUAGAGAUUUAAAUAAACCCAGAACAUCAAUCAAAUAUGACUUAAAUUCAAAAGAUUGUAAUUCUAAAAAGACAGUGCACUCAUUAUCUGAGAGUGACUUGUCAAUAGAAGAAGAAAACAUUCCAAAGUUUCUUUAUUCAAAGGAAAAGAAAGUGGCAGCAAAAAAGAUAAAAUCAACCUCAACUGGAUCCAGUCUUGUGAAAACUAGUCAAAAGAAGGAAAAUAGUUCAUCAAAACUUGAAUUAAAACAAUGGAAAGACAAACUAAAGUGUAUUAAACCAAAUGAAUGUUUAAAGUAUAUAUCAGUGGUGAUACCAGAACACUUCUCAGUUGAUGUUGUAUUUAAAGAUGUUUUAAAUACUUUAGAGAAAAGUGGAUUCAAAUAUGAAGUUACUGAUUCAGAUGAAACUGCUGUUACUUGGAAUUGGAAAGGGGUUUCAUCUGAGUUUUCUAAGAAAUCUCAUCUGGCAGUAAUCUGGCAUUUACACAGAUGUAUUUCACUUGUCCAAACGAGCAGUUUGGUUUUAUAUUUUGAUGAACUGAUGAAGAAGAAACCUAAUCAGAGGAUAUAUCUUAUUUUACAUGGAACACAAAAAGAUCUCAGAGAUGAAAAUGUUAGAAAAAAAGUGGAUUAUGCUUUGUGUGAAUUGGAAUUAACUACUGGAAUAACUCACUCAAAAUUUUAUAAUCCUCAUGAUUUAGCUAACUAUAUUCUACAUUUGAGCAAAUCUGUUUCUCAGGAGUUAUACAGAGCUGAACUAGAAAAGCUUGAACAAGAAAAGACUUUCUACCUUCAUGGUAGAUCACAUAAUUCUGUCAGAGUAGACAAAGAUAAUAAUGGGAUGAAAAAGCUUUGGGUUCAACAAAUUGCUGCAAUUCAUAGAUUACCUUUUGAUAGUGCUAAAGUUUUAUGUAGACACCAUCCAACACCAUAUUGUCUGUAUGAGACCUAUAAAAACUUGUCUACUAUUAAGGAAAAACAAGACCUUCUUCAAGACAUUUCGGUUGGUAGAGGAGGUGUUGCAAAACGACUGGGCCCAAAAAUGAGUGGCAAAAUUGCGCUUUUAUUUGCUAAUAGUGAUGGUGAUCUUCAUUUAUCUGAUUGGAUAUAGUUUUAAAUGGCAUAAAUAGAAAUAAUACAUAAGAUGUA